GCUCCGUCGAAAGCUCCGAAGAUCCUCUCCUUUUACUUUUGCAGUGGCAGAGUUGGUGGGUCUACUAUCCAUUUGAAAGGACAGAAGGAAACAGAGACGACUCUUGGACCAUUUCAUUCAGAGAACCUACACCAAAUAUCUUCUGGGAUCGCAUCUGCAGCCUGUGAUGACGUCAUCAGUGACUGGUGGCUGUCCAUUGGCUCUUGUCAUUCUGCUUCUCGUGUCCAUGGAUCCUACAGCCACUGAGGUGGUGAGAUCAGUCAGAGACUGUGCUCAAUUCUUCCUGGGAGGAACCCCACCAGAAAUACCAGGAGUGUUGAAAGGGGGGGAUAUUGUGAUCGAGGCACGCUACAAGCCCAUAUGCCAGACAUAUCGCGAUUGCAGGAGGUUCAUGACGCUCUAUGACACAGUAAAUAAGAUCCCAGUGUUUUCUGCAUAUAGAUACAAAGGACACACAGGGGGGACACUCACAAGAACUCCCACAUGGAUGGGGGAGCCACAGCUUGAAAACAUAAACAGUAAUGAAAUUAACAUGAUAAAUUUUAGAAAAGCGGUUCCAACACACCAGGCUUCCAAUGAGGACUACAGAAUUGAAAAAAAAAAUGGCAAGUAUGAUAGAGGGCAUUUGUUUCCAAAUGCUCAUGCAAGUGACGAGAUUCAUCAGGUAUCCACAUACACCCUGACCAAUGUGGUGCCACAAGAGAAAACUUUCAACAGCCAGAGCUGGGGCAAAAUGGAGGAACAAGUAAAAGCACUGAUGGAUGAAUUAUGCUGCAACGAAAAAAACGAACUUGAAGCAUUUGUUGUGACGGGAGCGAUUAGUGUUGACACACUAACCAACCAACCUGCAGCAUCUAAUGUGGCUGGUGCUGGAGCUAGUCAAUCCAGUGCUAAAACACUCAACAACCGGGUCGAUAUUCCACAAACUCUCUGGACAGCAUUUUGCUGCUUUAACAGAUUUAAGAAAAUAUGGUUUGCAUACGCACACUUUGGUGACAAUGCCGGUAACAACAACAAUCCUGAGCUAUUGCCCAAAACUUUAACAGAGCUGAAAGAUAAAUAUGGAAUUGAGCCAUUUCCAAAUGCGGAUUGCCUUGGAGCCAAACAUCUAGUUGGGGAAAUUCCAAAGGGAGAUUGCCGUGUUCCCAAACUAGAUACACAGGCUUAAACACAACCUUACAAUGGUAAUUUCGCUCUCCAUGUUAACGAUUUAAAAGCCUUUACUUUUCAUUCGUGAUUUCAAUAUUGCUUAUAACAUCAGUCAAUCCAUGCUGGAUCACAGAAUAAAGAUAGUACUUAGCCUUAUAGUCCAAGAUGAGAAUUUACAGAAUCUACUAUGUGCUAGCAAAGUCUUUCCUGCUACCUGAACCUCAACAUGCUAACUCUGGUGCUAAAGUAAUCUGUGUACCAACACCCUAUGGGCUCAUUCUUUAAAGACAUAUUUCCUGGUUGUCAUACUGGAUAGUACUUCUUGCUACCAUGGCACUAACAAGUCAUCUUCUUGCUCUCGCUGAAUGAAUCAUCUAAUCUCUUCUGCAUCUUCUUUAUGAUAUAAAUAAAGCAACCGAUACUGAG